AUGACAACCCUAUCGAUCAUCACUGUCGUGUUGAUAGCUGUUUCCUCAGCUGUAAGUCAAGGAUUUUUUCAAGGAACUGUACCAUCAGAUGGAGCUAAGAUAUUACCUGUACCAUAUUAUGUGCCAUAUGGAGUACCUGAAAGACAAACAUAUGGUCAAAUUGUCGUAUCACGUGGUUCUCGCUCUGGUGGAUCAGGUGGAUCGUUCGGUAAUUUUGGAGGUAUCUUUUCCCUUAUCAUUUGGGUGUCAAUCCUAUCUUCAAUAAUUAUGUCAUUACAACGAUCACAACCGAUGCAGCAAAGUACAAUGGCGGAAACUAGUACUGACACUACUGCUAAUACGGCGGUUGUAGCUGGAGCUGCCAUGAUGGGCAUGAUGGGUAUGAUGGCAGGCAUGAUGAUGAUGAGCACAACUGGUGGCGGCGGCAGUGGUGGUACCAUGGUCAUGAUGCCUGGUGGUGACGGAGGAAUUUUUCCUCCUAGUACAGGACGUGGUGGUGGUGAAGGUCGGGGAUCAGACACAGGGGGGAUUUUCCCUGGUGAUGGCGGGGAAGGAGACCCGGGAUUCCCAUUUUGAAUAAUCGAUUUAAUGUCGAUACAAACA